AUGAUCAUCCACCGCCUGGCUGCAUUGGCAUUUUCGGAACAGGGUAUAUUCAAGCGCAUGUGUGAUGAGAGGGGCGUCGUGUGGCAAAGCAAGGCGGUAAAAGAACAGAAUACAGUUCGCAUUAGGCGGCCCAAGUUUCAAUGGCCGCCCGAAGCAGACAGACGAGAUGCCCCUCCCAACUCUGCUGAAAUUCCCAAUUCCUUCGUCUACCCGUUAGGUGUUUGUGGGAGAUUAGAACAUUGCCUCGGUGGUCAUGUUGCGAAAUGCAUCUUUCGUGGAAAUGGGCAAGCGACUGAAAGCGUCAGGGCAAGAUGUUCUCGCGUUGGUGACGAUGCCAUAGUUUUUCUUGAUCUCACUUCCGAAGAAAGCUGGCUAUCUGAGAUGUUUCCGGGGCACGGAAGCGGCGCCCGCGUCUCCAAAUUCGAGGAGAUCUUCAGCCCCAUCAUUGUCAACAAUGUCCACCGCAGUGAACAGCGCAAAUGGGAGCGUGCUAUAGGACACUGUGAUUUCACCGAUUGCGUACAGCUUGCGUAUACUCUCAAGAUACGCAUUUCAUCGGCAGGUACUGAGAUUUUGAAUGAUCUGUUUCAGUUAGAUGGAGAUUGA